UACAACACUCCACUACUCGUUACUACCGUCUUAACCACCACCCGUCGGGCCGAUAACUAUUAACUACCUACGUUUAUUUUACGUUGCGUAAAUACGGUUUUGUAUAGUUUAAAGUUGUGUACGCAAUUCGUGGGUAUUAUACCUACCUAUGCCGAGUGGUCACUGGUCAGUACUCAGUGUCCAGUGACGACUGACGUCCGACGUUGACGAAAAUAAAACUCCACGCUUAAUAAAUAUACUCCAUUAUCACAAAAGAUUUUGUGUGUAUAUAAUUUAAUACACACACACACACACACACAUUGGAAUAAAACUAAACCAGAACUGUUAUUGUCACAAUAUUAUUGCAUCAUAAUCGUGAUCGUUAUUAUUGUUCGUGUUUACUGCGACGCGGUCGAUUGUUUUCGUAUUUAUCUUUUGCGUUUCACCUGCCUAAAGAAAAGAACAAUAAAUCGUAUUUCAUUUUGGACGCAAGUCGUAUCGACGCGUACAGUCAAGUUCUAUCGUAGUCGUCAAUUGUCGCUGACCACGCGAUCAUGGCGACCAGGAAGAAGGUUCUGUUGAAAGUGAUCAUACUAGGUGAUUCGAGCGUGGGUAAGACGUCGCUGAUGAACCAGUACGUCAACAAGAAGUUCACCAACCAGUACAAGGCGACCAUCGGCGCCGACUUCCUGACCAAAGAGGUGAUGGUCGACGACCGGAUCGUUACGAUGCAGAUAUGGGAUACAGCUGGUCAAGAACGUUUCCAGUCAUUAGGAGUGGCAUUUUAUCGUGGUGCUGAUUGUUGUGUAUUGGUAUUUGAUGUUACAUCACCAGGAUCUUUCAAAUCUUUAGAUGGAUGGCGAGAUGAGUUUCUAAUACAAGCAUCACCAUCUGAUCCAGAUCAUUUUCCUUUUGUGGUCCUAGGCAACAAAGUUGAUUUAGAUAAUCGAGCCGUGUCCACUAAAAGGGCUCAACAAUGGUGUCAGAGCAAGAAUGGUUUACCAUAUUUCGAAACAUCUGCUAAAGAAGCAGUCAAUGUUGAACAAGCUUUCAAAACGAUAGCACGAAAUGCAUUAGCUCAAGAAUCAGAUGUAGAGUUGUAUAAUGAAUUUCCAGAUCAAAUAAAAUUGGACGGUGGUUCUUCAGACAACAGAUCUUCGGGUAGUGAUAAUUGUGCUUGUUAAUAAUAGUAAAUUAUUAAAUUUCCUGGAAUAUUGCUGUCUAUUAUCAACAUACUCCUUGGCUGAGUUUCUAACAAGAGUCUCAAUGUUAUUGUCUUGAUGAGUAUAAUUAUAUUUAUAUAUAUAUAUAAAUUAAUGAAAAAGAUCAUUAUAUAAAACGUGGAGAUAGUCUAUUAUUUAAUAUUUGAAUUUAAGUUAUAAAUAUAUAUUUUAUUAUUUUUGUUUCUACUUAUAUGUAUGGUCAUAUUAUACCCUAAUAUUUUUAUAAUUAUUAUUAUUAUUUUUCAUUUAUUUGUCGACAGAAUGUUGAGUAUUUUGUUGUACUUAUAAAAUAUUUAGCUUGUUUAAAAAUACUUUAGAAAACAUACAUAAUUAUGUUAAUAUGUAUGUUUAUUUUCUGUAUAAAUAUUGAUACAUAUUCAUAUUCCUUCAUUUAGUAUACAUUUUUACUUAUGAAAUAAACAUUUUAAAAAUUGUGAAAACAUUUUUUUUUUCUUUGUACCUGUGUAUAGAAUUUAAAUCUGAACAAAAUCGAUUUGCUCAGUAAUAGCUAAAUUGUAUUCAUACUAAAAACAAAUUGUUUAAUAUUAUCUCUAAUUUUAUUCCUGAUUUAUCUUCAUACUUUUCUCCAUUAGUCUUGUAAUAUUAUACCAAUGUUUGCAAUAAUUGUUUAAAUUGUUUUUAUUUGUAUAUAAAGUAUGUUCUACUUUGUUAUUUUUAUCUGUAAAUGGAAUAUUAACAAUCAGUAAUCAAACUUAUUCUGAACAGUAAUUGUAAAAUGAAGUGAUAAAUUAAAUAUUGUAAAUAUUGAGAGUUUAAUACUCAAAUAUAUGACAUUUUAAAAUAUCUA